AUGAAGGGGAGGUUGUCUGGGAGUUGGGAGUUUUCGAGCAAGUUGGGGAGGCGGAUAGAUUUGACAAUGGCAAGGGCACGCAAAGUGCCUGCUAAGGCAAGGAGGAUGCCGAAGCCUGCUACAGAGGAGCCGCAAGUUGCAGCACAUACGCCGAGGUCUCAUAAAAGGUUGAAACCAGACACUCCAACGGGGGCGGGUACCAGGACGGAUGCUCAGACUAUGAUCACAUCUGCCUCAAAACGGCGGCGACCUGGAGAAGCGCUGCCAUUGGUAACCUCACCCCUUUGGCCUCAUCCGCCGCUUGACGGGCCUGCACAUGAAGAGAAGGCCAACAAAGACCUGGAAGAUGCAGUUGAGCGCGAUGGGGAGGUCGUGCAGACUGAGGAUCCCAAGUCGACUUCAGCUGCCCCCUCCCCAGACAACAGCGAGCGAGUGCGCCGUGGUCACGAAGCGCCACAGUCUCGGAGCAGCUCGAUCAUUGAGACCAUUUUUUCGCCUGUCUUCACGUUGUUUGGGGCAAAGGAGGGGGCCGCCCAUUCCAAGACUGUAAGCAGGGUUAGUAGUCAAGGUACUGUGGUGCACAGCAGAGACGCGGUGGUCUCCACCGCCACCUCCCGGGCAACACAAGCUGCCCAGGAGCUAGGAAAGCCGCUGGUCCAAGGGCGGCAGGGGAAGGGUGCGGUAGAGGUUCCGGGGAAAGAGUUGGCCGAGAGCGUUCCUGAGGCAGCGGCCAGGGGGACGGGCACUGGGGACGGCUCGGAAGGGAGCGGAGAAGGGGGGGGAGAUGGUGAGCCCAAGAUCACCACGAUUGUUGAGGAGGAGGAGGAGGAGAGGUCGCUGGUGAUUGUGCGGGGGGACGGCGCAGACACAGCGGUGGCGCUGGAGUGCGAGGACGAGGACGCGGCGAGCGGGGAGGAGGGGGACGAUGACGACUACGACGACUUCGACCCGUACCUGUUCAUCAAGCGGCUGCCGCUGCUGGCGGAGUGCGUGCCGGUGUGCCGGCCGGUGCUGCUGCCCAAGCAGACGCGGCGAUCCCCGCCCAUCACGCUGGUGCUGGACCUGGACGAGACGCUGGUGCACUCCACCCUGGAGCUGUGCGACGACGCCGACUUCAACUUCCCCGUGCACUUCAACGGCUGCAAGCAUACGGUGUAUGUGCGGCGGCGGCCGCACUUGGAGCAGUUCAUGGAGCGCGUGGCGCAGCUUUUUGAGAUCAUUGUGUUCACCGCGAGCCAGAGCGUGUACGCGGAGACGCUGCUCAACAUCCUGGACCCCAAGCGGCGCCUCAUCCGCCACCGCAUCUUCCGCGAGUCGUGCGUGUACGUGGAGGGCAACUACCUCAAGGACCUCUCCGUGCUCGGCCGGGACCUCGCCAAGACAGUUAUUGUGGACAACUCCCCGCAGGCGUUUGGCUUCCAGGUUGAAAACGGCAUCCCCAUCGAGAGCUGGUUUGACGACCAGGAGGAUUCCGCCUUGCUGACACUGCUGCCAUUCCUGGAAAGCCUAGUCGGAGUAGAGGACGUCAGGCCAUUAGUCCUGAAGGAGUUUAACCUGAGAGAGAAAAUAGAAGCGGCUCAGGAGCCCCCAGAAAAGGGUCUGGGAGACCCGCUGUUGCGCUAAGGAGUGGGGCUGCAGCCGGUGUGAUGUACAUCGGAGGGCUGAGGUAAUCUAGACGACUGCCAACCCAAGGACACGUAGAACAAGAGUUCUAGAAGCAACCAACCGGCUCAAUCUCUAGGACCAUUGCAACCAUUCAUUAGUUCCAAUUGAGAACACGACAUUUAUGUUGGUCCCAAGGGGGGGAAUUUGGGACCUAACGUGCGAAACAGACAGUUUUCGUUUUUGAAUGGGACAGCGGGCUAGAUAUUCCGAAGCAGGACUUUGAUUGGUUGCUGCCAAUCAAAAUGCACGAAGCAUGGCCUACAAACCCAAGC